AUUUUAGUCCGCAACACGCCAAACCAAAUACAUAGGUAAACAAAAUGGCAGCGACAGUCACUCGUCCCCUUGGAGUAUCGCUGCCGGCCGCCGCCCGGCGCCCGGCGCUGGUGGUCUGCGCCGCUGCCAACAAGAAGGCUCCGAACGGCAAGGCAGCCCCCUCGGGCAAGAGCCUGGAUUACGGCGCGGACUGGUACACAAAGACACGCGAGCUGUCGCGGCCCCGCACCGUGCGCGAGGAGAUCGAGUACCGCCGUGAGGCCAACCGCGUGGCGAACAACGGCAAGGAGCGCAAGGACCUGUACACUGACAACUGGGAUGGCUCCGAGUACAAGGGCUCGCCCUUCAACAUCCUGACCUUGGUGGGGGCCCUGUUCGUGCUCACGCCGCUGUUCGGGCUGUGGUUCGCAUAUGCCACCUACGGCGAGCUGUGGGGCUGAGGCGCUGGGGUGGCAGGCGGCGGGGACCCGCACGCUGUGUGCGGCUGGGGCUGCUGUGUGCGGCUGGGGCUGGGGAUUGGCGGGCGGUGAGCAGGCGGUGCUGGGGGGCGGGCUGCGAAGCCAGCACGCAGGAGUGAGUAUGUGUGAGGUGACGCUUCUGGCUGCUUGCUUGGAAGUUUUUGUUUGCUUGUUGGUUUAUACGGGUCCGUGGUUGGGCUGGAGACGCAGCGUGGCUUGAUAGAGUGGCUUGGGUCGUGAGGCCGGGGUCGUGAUCGUGUGGGACACAGCCCCUGCCACGUUGUAUUUCAUUCGGUGCAUUUUGGUAUGCAGCACGACAAGGCGGCGGCGUUGUGCUGACAUUCGUUGUGAGCGGCGUUGUAAGCUGGCAGGCGUUUUGCACGUGCCUGUCAGGUGAGGGUUCUGGUCGCGACUUUUGUAUUUUAUUGGCGUUGUGGUGAGGACGUGGUGUGGUUGACUCGCAACUCUGGAGUACGGUGCAUGUGCGUUGGAGGCACGAUCGAGAGGCCCGCAGGCGGCCGGACCAGGUCCUGCAGAACUGGUGCUGCAGGCAUUGCAACGACUUGGCACAAGCCGCUACGCAUGCAAGGCGCAAUUAAAGUAUUCUUGAAUGUUUACACAUGUGGGAGCUGCAUUGCAGGUUUAUGUCUCACUACUGGCGUUGAUGUGAGACCAACCCCUUGCUGGGACUACAGCCCACACCCGGUCCGGUCCGAACAACUGCCUUUAUUGGGGUGCCCAAAACCCCGCGUGUAAUCCGCAAAUCCC